AUGGGGUUCAUCGGAUCCGACGACUUCUACAUGAUGUUCGCUCCCGUUGUAGUUUACUGGGCGUAUUCGGGGAUGUAUGAGGUGUUGAGCUCUCGCGUGGAGAAAUACAGGUUACAUUCGAGGAAAGAGGAGGAGACAAAGAAUUUGGCGUCUAAGAAAGAUGUAGUUAAAGGUGUUCUUCUGCAGCAGGCCAUUCAAGCAGCUAUUGCAUUCACUGUGCUCCAGCUAACAGGCGAUCGCGCUCAAAUCGCUGCUGCUUCUGCCGCCGCCACAAGCCCGCUGCAUUCUCUUCUCGUACUCGCACAGCAAUUCCUCGUCGCGAUGUUCGUCUUCGAUGCGUGGCAGUACUUCAUCCACCGGUACAUGCACUCCAACAGGCAGUUGUACCGCCAGUUCCACUCCUGGCACCACCGCGUGGUGGCGCCGUACGCGUUCGCCGCGCAGUACAACCACCCGGUGGACGGGGUCGUCACCGAGACCCUGGCGGGGGCAGUGGCAUACUUCAUCUCGGGCAUGUCGCCCAGAACUGCGGCCUUCUUCUUCUCGGUGGCCACCGUCAAGGGGAUCGACGAUCACUGCGGCCUCAUGCUGCCGUGGAAUCCGUUCCACGCCGUGUUCCGCAACAACACGGCAUACCACGACAUCCAUCACCAGCUCGCAGGCAGUAAGUGCAACUUCUCGCAACCGUUCUUCGUGAUGUGGGAUCGGAUUCUCGGGACGUACGCGCCGUACACGCUGGAGAGAAGGGAGGGGGGCGGCUUCGAGGCGAGGUUGGUUCGGAAAGACAAAGUCGGCCACGAUUCUUAAAGUAUCAGCCGCAUUCUGUACCAUGCUGCUUGCGAAGAGCAGUAUAACACAGUUCUAAGGUUGAGCAGAUGUAAAACUAACAAACAAAUUACGAAUAAAAGCUUGAGUAUAUGUUCCAAAGUAUAAACACUCAUUUUCAUACUCUCCGUUUUUUUAAUAAACAAACAAAAUUUGAAAAACAAAAACACUACUCUUCCCAAGAACCAAUUUGACAAAAAAAAAACUUAGAUCAAUCAGAAAUCCAUUUUCCGAAAUAUUUCCCCGCGAAAGUGCGAAACCCAACACCCCCAAAUGGAUUCAAAGACGGAAAAAGCCAAAGCAAUUUGGUGAUACUGUGGUAUUCAAAUAAUGCCAAGCUCUGACUGAAAAUAUACAACGGAAAACAUUUGAAUACUGUUUCAUACGCAAAGAUUUAAAUUUUUAGAACAAUCAAAAUGUUCGCAUUUAUAACCAAAGCAGUGGUUAAUCUAAAUCCCAUCAGACUACUAAUUUUAUUUAAUCUUCUUCCCUAG